AUGCGAUCCACUGCGGCGCAGUGGAAUCGGACAGCUAUAUCGCGAAUGCGGUGCUGGGGAUGUACGCCAAGUGCGGGAGCAUGGGCGAGGCAUCCAGGUGCGCCGGCGCGAUCUGGUGUCGUGGAAUUCUCUCAUCGCGGGAUUGCCGAGAAUGGGCAAUCGUCUCUCGCGUUGGAUCUCUUCCAGCGGUGCCUCUGGCUUUCUUCCAGAUCGCUUCACUUCCUCGCGGCAUUGAAGGCGUGCUGUGCCUUGGGAUCAAAGGAGGAAUCCACCGCCGCGAUGGGCAAAGCAAGAUCUCUGGAGAUCGUCAUGGCGCUACACCGAGAAGCCUCGCGAUUUGGCUGCGCGGACGACGUCCUCGUCGCCACCAGCCUGAUUGACGCCUACGAAAAAUCUGGCAGCAUGGAAGAUGCGCAGAGAGCUUUCGAUCGAGUGCCUCACCGCAACGUCGUCUCGUGGACUGCUCUCAUCGCCGGCCACGCUCCCAAUCGAGAUGGCGCUGCUGGGCUGCAAAUCUUUCAGCGAAUGGAUCCUUGCUGCACUCCAAACUCUCACACUUUUGUGGCGGCCUUGGAGCUCUUGCUUGAGCAUCGCCGAGAAGGAAGAAGAAGAUCAUGGGAAGAUUAUGAUCAAGGUGGUGGCUCUAGAGACUGCUAUGGCGAUCCAUUCUCGAGCAGCUAA